CGGCAGCAGUCCGGUCAGAGGCAGCAGAGUGUCGGGGAACUCCAGCUGCUCCGCUCCGUAUAUUCCCACUGACCCUCCGCUUCAGGGAUUCAUUCAUCUCGGUCGGAGCUGCUGCUCGGGUCUGUCCGGACCGGAUCUGUCCACGCCGCCCCUCCAUCUGUCCGUCCGGCGUCUGGGAAGGUCAGACACAUCGUUCUCUGAUCAGCGGACCUGACAACUUUUCCUCCUUUUUAUUCCUCUGUCCUCUCCCUGAUUUUUUAUUUAUUUUUCAAUUUUGUUCAUUUUUUUUUUUUUUUGUUGUUGGCGUUCCAUCACCGGGAGGGUUAUUCCUGCCUUGAGCCGUCGCUGACGCUGCUUCCUCCCGCGUGGAUGUGAGGAUGGAUGGCUGACCUCGGAGCUCACUGAUUGGUUUGCUGAUCUUCACCUUUACCGCAGCUGCUGUCAUGGCCAAGAGCCCGGAGGUGAAGCUGGCCGUCUUCGGCAGAGCGGGGGUGGGCAAGUCAGCUUUGGUGGUGAGAUUUCUGACCAGACGCUUCAUCUGGGAGUAUGACCCAACACUCGAAUCAACAUACCGUCAUCAAGCCAACAUUGACGAUGAGGUCGUCACCAUGGAGAUUCUGGACACCGCAGGGCAGGAGGACAUCCAGCAGAAGGAGGGCCACAUGCGCUGGGGUGACGGCUUCGUCAUCGUGUACGACAUCACAGACCGGGGAAGCUUUGAGGAGGUGGGGCCGCUCCGGAGCCUCCUAGAGGAGGUGAAGAAGCCCAAAAACGUGCCCCUCGUCCUCGUGGGCAACAAGUCCGAUCUGGACCACAUCCGGCAGGUCGGCACAGAGGAGGGCGAGCGCCUGGCAGCUGAAAUGGCGUGCGCCUUCUACGAAUGUUCGGCAUGCGCCAACGAGGGCGGCGCCGUCGCCGAGGCCUUUCACGAGCUGUGCCGCGAGGUGAGGCGCCGCAAGGCCGUGCAGGGCAAGGCCAGGCGCCGCAGCUCCACCACGCACGUCAAACAGGCCAUCAACAAGAUGCUGACCAAGAUCAGCAGCUAGGGAAGAGCCGCGCCACCGCCAGAUGACACAGGAAAUGUACAUUUCUCUCAUGUAAAUUGUUGGUUCCGCAAUGGACGAAAUGUGACAGAUGUAGUGUGGAACGUACUCUUUGCUUAUUAUCUGGUCAUUUUCCAUUAAAAAGGACCCUCUGGGAGACGUUCAUGAUGUUCACUUCAAGCAUGGGAGCCUUAAAAGGAUGAUUUCGCACCCAAACGUUCGCUCAAAAUAAUCCUGGACACUGGUGAGAUGAUGAAUCAUUAAACCGGCGAGGGUCCCGCUUAUCCUCUCCCCUAACCCGCUUUGAUUUAGUAAUUAAGCCAGAUGGCAGUCUGACAACGAUGCAUGCAAGCUGUCCUGUUUAGCAUGCGAAGAAUCCAAGCAAUUUAUUGAUAUCGAACGAGAAGAAUGGUAGUUUCCUCUCCGUUCCUUCGCUGUCUGUAGGGGGAUAUCGUGUUGUGUAACUGUUCUGUCAGCGGCCAUCAGAGAAAAAUAAGAUCAGAGAGCUACUAUUAGAUCAAAGAUAACACACUGUCCCUUUCACAUCGCCACCCAAGGAAAAUCUCCACAGCCGUCAAUGGCUGUCCGUCAAACGAACCCAGUAAUGGAGUCCACAGUGUUCCGUUGACAUUAAGUGUUCCGCGGUGUUAGUCCGGGAUGUUUUCCUCAAGAUCUCCCCCUCAUAGGAACCAAAGCACAGGUUCAGAACAUUUUAAAGCGUAGAAGUGAAUAUUUUUCUCUACACCUACAAAAAGGUCCAUCCCAACACGUCACAGUCCGGGCAUGUUCUUCAUGGCUGUAAUUUGAAAACAGUACACUACAUUAUGUAUGAUACGGUACACAUUCCAAAGGCAUCUACAGUAGAAGAUACUGUAUUUGUUGAAAUGUAAUGUUUUUUUUUGUUUUUUUUUUCUUUAUGUAUGUGACCCGCUGUGCACUUGUAAUUAAAAACCAAGAUAUAUCCCGA